UCAUUCGAAGAAACUAUGGCUAUCCGAACAUAUGUCAUUGAGUUUUUCAAACAAUUACCAAAUCAUGUAUUUAAGUGGACAUUUUUAUUGAAAUUAGUUAUUUUCUGUCCGUUGAUCUGUAUUACGCUGUUGUUUACACUUUGGAUUUAUUUAUCCACGGAAACUAUUUCGAAUUUGAUCGGCUUUGAAGAGGCAAUAAAAUACACAUAUGAUUAUAUUAUAGUUGGUGGUGGUACGUCAGGAUGCAUUUUGGCAUCUAAACUGACAGAAAAUCCAAAAAUUAGUGUAUUACUUAUUGAAGCGGGAAGCACAUUCAGUCCAUUGUCGAUGAUUCCCUUUCUUACAUCACAGCAACAACGAACUCAAAAUGAUUGGAAAUUAACAACCAUAAGCCAAAAACAUUCUUCAUUUGGAUUUUGGGAUCAGAUUCAGUUUUUACCUCGGGGAAAAGGUUUGGGUGGUUCGAGUCAAUUAAAUUAUUUGAUUCAUUUCGAUGGUAAUAAAAAAGAUUUGGAACGAUGGAAAGAAUAUGGUAUUGAUUGGUGGGAUCUCAAUGACGAAGAAGACUUGGAACAUGAUAAAUAUACAGGCAAUGAAUGCAGUGUGGACACAUGUUCAAUUAAUGAACAAAUUGAUUCAAAAGGGACUCACUCCAAUUUGUUUAAAACGAAUUUACCUGUGUCAGCCAUAAAAUACGAUUAUUCGUUACUAUCGACAAAGUUCAUGGACGGUGCAAAUGAACUACACCGCAAAAAUGUCUCCAAUCUUGAAUAUUAUCUUGCAAAGUACAAUACACACAAAGGAUUGCGUCACUCAGUUUAUCAUACGUAUUUGAAGCCUGUGUUUAAUCGACCAAAUUUGAGAAUUGUAUUGAACACAAGAGUUCAUAAAGUGUUAUUCAAUAAGAAAACAGCGGUUGGAGUUUUAGCAGCAGAAGACUAUCUUACACGUACACCACAAAAAAUUUAUGCAGCCAGAGGGGUGCUACUUGCAUCUGGUGCUUUUCACACGCCGCAAAUCCUAAAAUUAUCAGGUGUCGGUCCAACGAAAGAAUUGAAAAAGUUUGAAAUCAAUGUUGUUCAUAAUUCACCGAUGAUUGGUCGAAAUCUUUAUGAUCACAUGAGCGUGCCAAUUUAUGUGUCUGUCGAUGCCGGUGAAAAAAUGACAGUCACUCGAGAAACAGUACUGAAUGUAUGGGAAAUAUUGAAUUACUUAGUACGAGGAAGCGGUGUAUUUAGUAAUUUUGGAGUGAUUGGAUACGUAAAUGACCUAGAGAAUAAUCAUGGAACGGGCAUUUUUGGUGUGGGCACUAUCGAUGAGAAGGUUUUGGGAAAGAUCGUAAGCUACGAUAGGGAGGCAUUUCGAGCAAAUUUUCCAUUCCACAACGAUAGUAUACAAGAGGGUUUUGUAUUGCUAAAUACUUGUCAUCAACCGUUGAGCCGAGGAACAGUUCGUCUUUCAGGCAAUCGCAUACAAGAUGCUCCGGAAAUCGAUCCAAACUACUUAGAAGUUCAAACUGAUGUGGAAUGUUUGAUAAGGGCAAUUCGACUCUCAAUGGAUUUAAUGUCCACUAAAGCUUUUAAGGCGGUAAAUACAAAAAUUCAUUGGCCACAAUUUAGUCAAUGCAAGAAUUUGAUAUCUCUUAACGAAGAGGAUAUUAGUAUCACAGACCGAUAUUUGGAAUGCAUAAUCAGAGUGGGUGGCAUAACAGCCCAUCAUCCAGGUGGAUCGUGUGCAAUUGGCAAAGCGCCAAAUAGUGCACUAGAUAGCCGAAUGCAAGUGCGAGGUGUUCGAAAACUACGUGUCAUUGAUGCAAGUGUGAUUCCGACACCAGUAAGUGGUCAUCCGCAUUCAGCUGUAGCUGCUUUUGCUGAAUUAGCAUCAAAAAUGAUAUUCUUAUCGACUCUGUUUGAAAUUUGUCAAGUACGAUCACGUGCACAACACACUUGACAUUCAAGUUCAAUGCAAAACGAAAGAAGAAAGCAUCUGUGACUUAUUUUCCGUAAAACUGAAGACUCAUUAAAUUUAAAUCGAUGUGAAUGUCGUGCCGUUAUUUAUUCU